AUGGAGAAGCUGAAAAUGGAUGCCGAUGGAUCUGGGGCCAUCCGAAUACGGGUCGGGUCGGGUAUAACUCAAUUACAAAUGGAAGAAGAAGAAGAAAUUAAGAAAAUAAAUAGAAUUCCUGGUAAUUCUGCCGUUGGCGGCGACAGUUUCAGAUUCCGUGAGCUAUUCUCUCGAUUCUAUGCUUUCUCUCGAAGGAAGCUCUCACCUUUCACUGAAGAUCACGUUCCCUCUGGGCUUAUUCGUUUGUAUCUGUUGGUUUACAAGAUGGCAUCUGCGACACUAAGGAGGCGGCUUCAUCAUGGGGAUGUUGAUGGGAGAAAGUAUGAUCGUUAUGAUGAAACAGACUCUGAAACUUUAAGUGAACCUCUGUUGGGAAGUAGUAGUGAUACUAGUAGAGAUAAGUACAAUGAGGAGCGUUCUCUGGAGGAUAUUUGGGAAGAAGAACGGAAGAGGCAGCAAGUUCACUGGACGUUAAUCUUUUCUCAGUUGAUUGCACAAUGGGCUCAGUGGAUAGCCAAAAUUGUCUUUGGAUCCGGCUCUCUUUUUGGGAGGUUUCUCUCUUUGCCUUCGUUUGGUCAAUUAGGUUCUGGCGGGAGGCUUUUGCCACCACCUCUUAGUAUGUUGCAGGAAGAGAGGCUGAGAAACAUUAAGCGAAGGAUAGAAAUUCCGUUUGAUGGAUCUCGAAUGGAGCAUCAAGAUGCACUAAGACAAUUAUGGAGGUUAGCUUAUCCAGAGAGGGAAGUACCACCACUUAAAUCCGAACUCUGGAAAGAGAUGGGUUGGCAAGGAACAGACCCUUCCACAGAUUUUCGAGGUGGAGGUUAUAUAUCACUGGAGAAUCUAAUAUUCUUUGCAAAGACUUAUCCGGAGUCAUUUCAAAAUUUGUUACAUAAACAAGACGGAACAAGAGCCGAAUGGGAAUAUCCUUUCGCAGUUGCUGGCAUCAAUAUCUCUUUCAUGUUGGCACAAAUGUUAGAUCUUCAAUCAGGUAAACCAUCAACGAUAGCCGGAAUAAGGUUCUUGGGGUUUCUGGAAGAAGACGAAAUGGCGUUUGACAACCUCUACUGUAUAGCUUUCCGAAUGAUGGAUGCACAAUGGCUUGCCAAGCGAGCUUCUUACAUGGAAUUUAAUGACGUUCUGAAAUCAACGAGGGCGCAAUUGGAACGUGAGCUGGCGCUGGAUGAUGUUUCGAGCAUCAGAGACUUGCCUGCUUUUAAUCUCUUGUACAAAUAA